CCCAUCCAUAGUGCAACGCUGCACUCGCUCGCCUUUCCUUCUCAUUCUCUUUCAUUCCACGCCGAAACGCAGUGUUGGUCGGUCUGCGACACUCACGGAUUCUCUUGUUUACCUGCCGACCUUGCAUCUUCACUCUAGAAAGAUUCGCUCUUGAUGGAGCGUGGCACAAUGCUCAGCGCCGGCGCCGCCUUGCAAACGCCGCAGGAAAUCCCGACAGCGCCGAUGCAUCCCAUCACUUGGCCCCUGAGCUGCUACUCGCCAGUCAAGCCUAACACCUACCAGGGCAGCAUGCUGGCCACGUCUCUCACCCCAGGGUCUGACAUCUGGUCGGCAGCCCAUCACCAAUGGAAGGGUCAAAGCAAUGAGGAAAAUUCUACUGCUGGUCACGACGACUCGGGGAUUUCGCCUGGACGCGCAUCGAGCAGCGGCCCUUCGAGCGUAGGCGGAAGUCCGCCAGCUGCCAAAACUGCAGAGGCUGGCGGCACCUCUUCGUCAAUGUUUCCAGUCAAGGAGGAGCAACCGGAUAAAGAUCAAACUUCAAGCCUUCACGAAGAAGACAGUUCCAUUUCUUCCGAGGAAAACAACGACGCUUAUGGCGCUUCAAUGAGUCCGAACAGCCUGGCCGUCAUCCUGCGCUGUCCCCUGUGCGGUUCCAUGGAUUUUGACUCUCUGCCUGCUUUGAUUGACCAUUGCAAGGACCACCCCGAGACAAAUAUCAGCGUCUCCAAUUUGAAUUGCUCCCUUUGCUCUCUGGCUAGUCUGUCCAAGGAAACCUUUCUGACACACCUGAUGACCCACCUGCCGCAGGAACACCACUGCACUGUCUGCGGCUUUUCGAGCAAGAGCCUUCCUAAGCUCAAUGCCCACCUGGCCGAGUUCCACGGACUCGCCCCUGCUGACAACAACAAUGAAACAGUCACCCGCGUUGGUGGUGGUCACGGAAAGGUGAAGUCCUUUCGCUGCAAGCAGUGUUCUUUUGUUGCCCACACCAAGCUGGAGUUCUGGGCCCACAGCAAGGCUCACAUCAAGGGUGACAAGAUUCUGUCCUGCCCCCGCUGCCCUUUUGUGACUGAGUACAAACACCACCUGGAGUACCACUUACGCAACCACUCAGGGUCAAAGCCCUUCAAGUGUCCACAGUGUCCGUACACCUGCGUCAACAAGUCAAUGCUCAACUCGCACCUCAAGUCCCAUUCAAAUGUGUACCAGUACCGCUGCGCCGACUGCAACUAUGUGACCAAGUACUGCCACAGUCUAAAACUGCACCUCCGCAAGUACAUGCACAGCCCUGCCAUGGUACUCAACCCUGACGGCUCCCCUAACCCUCUGCCCAUAAUUGAUGUUUAUGGAACGAGAAGAGGCCCAAAAGUCAAGAAAGACAAUCAUGAGAUGCCGCAAUCUCCUGCUGUGCCUGUGACAUCCCUGAAGUGCGCCCAGUGCGACUUCAGCACCACUUCCGAAGGGCAGUACCAGCAGCACCUGAUGACCAGCCACCCUGUGCAGCAGCCGAUAAACCCACUGAAGGAGUACCUUUCCUGGGUUUAUGCCCAGCAGGUGGGGCUGAUGCAGCAUCUCAGUGCCAAUGCCCUCAAUCCUCUGGACCUCCGCAAGGAAACCCCACCCCCUCCACCACCACCAGCGAGUCCGCCAGCCAAAAACCGCCGCAAAGGCAAAGUUCCUUUCAGGCUGGAGGAGGAAGAGAUUCAGGUCGACGACGAGGAGGACAGACAGGUUGUGCGUCAGAAGGAAGAGACUGUGUCUGCCGUUCCUCCCAAUGAAAGGGAGAAGGAAGGGGUUGACAGGAAAAUGCUCAACUGUGGCUACUGUGACAUUUUCUUCAAGGACGCCGUCAUGUAUGCCAUGCACAUGGGAUACCAUGGCUACAAGGACCCUUUCCACUGCAACAUGUGUGGCGAGAAGACCAACGACAAAUUGUCCUUUUUCCUGCACAUUGCCAGGUCAUCCCACCUUUGAUUCCUAUUGUAACUUGACUGAUAACCACAAGCUCAGGGAAACGGUUCUCAUUUUUUAAAGACUUUACAAUUAUAUAUUGUGCAUGGAUUUUUCUACCAUGACACUCCGCCGUGCCAGAUCUACAUUUUCAGGUGUUAUUGCUUUAUUUAGUCAAAUGAUGUUGGUUGUCAACUUGAAUGACUGCAUUUUAGCUUUAAGAGAAAAUAAAAAUUUAAACUGAGUCGUAUUUGAUAAGGAAAUGAUUUUGUACACCUAUUCAUGAAAAUCAUAAUAUAUAGUUUUUGAUUGGGCCCAUCGGCAAAAUGGGAUAUAUACAUACAUUGUAAGUUCAAACUGUAAAAUAUCUGCCAUGCAAAUAAAUUAUUUUGAUGAUGAAAAUUUGAA